AUGUCGAUGCCGCUUCGUUUAACGGCGUCCCCGGCUCGCCAAAUCUCAAAUAUCUCCUUCAAGCGGGUUCCAUUACGUCGAGGCCGCAUGGUCACACGUGGCGCGUCCGAGCAAGAGAAGAAAGCGCUGGUCGUUUCCCCCAAGUCCGCGCCCCCCGCGUUGACCGACAAGUGGCGCGCGGCAUUCUCGAAGGCAACGCAGCGGUUGGUGGAGGUAGACGCGCGCGGGCAGCGGCAGGUGGUGCAGGCGGAGACGCAGAAGCAGCUGGCGGAAGACCGCGCGCGGGGGCGCUGGCAGGUCAUGUGGGAGCGGACGCGCGAGUGGCUGGCGAAGGAGCGCGCGCGCGGGCAGGUAAAAGUGGCGCGGGCGCACGAGAAGGAAAAGGUGGCGGCGGAGAGAGCGGAAGGGCGGUGGGCGUUUGUGAAGGCGAAGGGGGAGCAGCGGAUCACCGCGGCGAGGGUGCGCGGGAUGUACGACGUGGCGCGCGCGAGGGCGAACGAGCGGCUUACUCAAGUGAGGGCGCAGGGGCAGUGGCAGGUGGCGUGGGCCAACGCGCGCAAGAGACUUGCGCAGGCGGAAGGCACGGUCAAGGCGCGCAACGGUGUUGCGCAGGCAGAGGUGGACGCGCGCCUGGCGCAGGAGAAGGCGCGGGAGCGGUUGCAGGUGGCGAGCGCGCGUGAGCGGGCGCGGAUGGCGGAGGAGCAGGCCAAGGGGCGCGUGAUGCUGGCGAGCGCGCGGACGAACCGGCAGCUGGCGAAGGAGAGAUUGCGCGGGCGCGUGAAGGUGGCGUGGGCAAAAGCCAAAGAGCGCAUUGAGAAGGAGCGCGCCAAGGGGCGGUGGGCCGUGACGUGGGCCAAGGCGAACGAGGCGCUGGCGCGGGAAAGGUCGCGCGGCAGGUGGGACGUGCUGGUGGCGUCCUCGAGGCAGCGGCUGGCGGAGGUACGGGAGAAGGGGCGGCUUGAUGUGGCGUGGAGUGGUUGGAAGUGGUUGGAGGAGCAGCAGUGGCCGAGAAGACAGAAGAGAAUCGCCAGCCCUCAGUCGAAGUUGGGCAAUGGCGCCAAGAUCAUCGACCUUCCAGGAGGCCCACAUCCGACCUCCACCUUCGGCCCACGCAAUGCGCUCACACGUUCUGUAGGACCGACCGCGUCGAGCCAUGCAAGCUCUCGAACGGGCUUCGCAGCGACCUCGCGUGGUCUUCCCGUCGGCGUCGGCGGGAGGAGCCUUGGUGGCGUGGCGCGGGGUGGAAGCUGCAUAGGAAAGGAUCGUCGGAGUCGGAGUGAAAUCGUUCGUGCAGCUGCGCAAGGCUCGGCGGUGGAGCAGCAGCAGGUUGACGGGGUGGUGCAGGACGGAGCGUCGCGCACGAGCAGCAACGGCACAGCAGGAGUUACAGAUGAAGAGAUUCUGGCGACGAUCCCCGCGCUCGGUGCGACGUUGGACGACCACGGGGGCUGCGUGUUCCGCGUGUGGGCUCCGCACCCUCAGCGCGCCACCUUAGUCGUCAAGCGCCUCUCGCCUGCCCGCGGUGGCGCUGGUGGCGGUGACGCGGAAGGCGCGGCAGCAGAAGGCGAGAGGGUGGAGAUGGAUCGGGACGGCAACGUAUGGUUCGCGCGAGUUCCGAACGUUGUUGCCGGUGACAAGUACCACUUCUUAUUCGAGUGGGAGGGAAAAAUCCUGGAGAGGCGGGACGCGAGGGCGCGCGCGACGGACUACGAGAGCAACGACUGCAUCGUCGUGGACCCGCGCUUCACCUGGACCCCCUUUGAGCCACCCCCGUUUGAGGCCCUCAAUAUUUAUCAGCUGCACGUUGGCGCUUUCACUGGGCGACUGCCGGGUGGAGGCACGUUCGCCGGCCUCAAGGAAAAGCUGCCGUACAUCAAGAGCCUUGGAUUCAACGCCGUUCAGAUGCUGCCAGUGCACGAGUACUGCGGGCAGUGGGGCUACAACCCCCGCCUGCUCUUCGCCCCCCACCCCUUCUACGGCUCCCCCCUGGAGCUCCGAGAGCUGGUCGACGCCGCCCAUUCCCAAGGCAUGGCGGUCAUCUUCGACGUGGUGCUGCACCAUCUGGCUCCCAACCUCAACAGCCUGUGGGAGUAUGAUGGGCCCACCAAGAAGGGAGGGCUGUACUUUGACGGGGGGGGCGACUCAUCAUGGGGCAAGACCUUUGCGUGGUGGCAGCAGGAGGUGAAGGACAUGGUGCUGGAUGCUGCUCGCCUCUUCCUCCACGAGUACAACGGCGACGGGCUGCGGUUUGACUGUGUGCACGCCAUGCCGUGGAAGGUGUCGCAGAGCCUCACGUGGCACCUGCACCGCGAGUUCCCCCACCGCAUCCUCAUCUCCGAGAUCACGCCCGAGGUACCCGAGGUGCUGACAGACGCGGGGUACGACGCGACGUGGAUGCACACGUCCUUCUACAAGAUGCGCUCCUUCACGCUCUCCGAUGGCCCCCGCCCCCUGGGCCGCCUGCAGGCGCUGCUCACCCUGCUGCCCGGCUACUCCAAGUCAACGCAGUGUGUGAAGUACUUCCUGGGGUCGCACGACCAGGUCGGGUGCCGCAGAGAUGGCAGAUAUGACGAUGACAUACAGGGUUACCACAGGUACGCUGUGGACCUGUUUGGAGGCCGUGAGGACUGGACUGCGCGCGCCAAAGUGCGCAUGUGGUUCGCCUGCCAGGUGUGCGCACAGGGCAUACCAAUGACGUUCAUGGGGUCGGAGACCAUGCAUCCCAGGUGGUGGGGGGUCACCCCCAGGGACAUGCUUGACUGGCAGUACACUGAGGACGCAGUGGGGCAGCAGAUGCAGGCGCUGGUGCGGGCGGCCAACGGGCUGCGGGCGGCGAGUGCAGCGCUGCAGCGAGGGGCGUUUGAGACGGUGCACUACGACGAGGUCAACUGCGUCAUCGCCUUCAGGCGCCAGACUGAGAGCGAGGCACUCCUGGUGGUGGUGAAUGCGGGCGAGGCCCAGUGGGAGAAGGCCGACUAUGGUGUUCGGGUGGGUGGCGGUGAUCAGCCGUAUGUAGAGGUGUUCAACUCGCAAGAUGCCGAGUAUGGGGGGUGGGCCACAUCUGGCAAUGCUGGCAAGCAGCUGACCCCGAACCAUGGCAAGCUCUUCGUCAACCUGCCCAAGUGGGGCGUGCUGGUCUUCAGACCCGCGGAGUAA